AUGAGGCGCAAGCAGAGCAACAAGCGAUCGAGAGUGGACGGUGACCCGGCACCCAAGAGACGAGUCAGGUCCAAGGCUUUGGCCGGCGCUGAGGGAUCCGGAAGAGCUCCAGCCAAGGGGCGUGCGCCCAAGAAGCAGGCAACAGAAACAGAACCGGGAGAUGACGAACAUGAACCCGAGCUCGAUGACUCUGAUUUAGAUUCUUCGGACUUGGAUGCUACUCUCAUGGCAGUUGGUGGCCGGGAUCUUGAAGAAUCAGGCCUUUUGGCACAGAGAAUCCACGCCCGCCGGCAAAACAGGAAGAAGAAGAAGAAGCGAAGGAAGAAGACGACUCGCAAAGCUGCGCUUCAGUUUUCCCGCGAGAACUGCCAGGCAACGCCCGAAGCCCGCGCACUGCUCUCACGUGGACAGCAGCAAUUCUAUUGCGGAGAGUUCGCCGAUGCCAUCGAGACGAUGCGGGCAGUGAUCCGAGAGCAACCGGGACUGGCCGACCCAUACCACGUCCUGCACCAAGUCUACACGGAGCUCGGGGAGGAGAAGAAGGCUGCGCCUCACCAGCUUGCCCUAGAGUCCAGGGAGAUGCAGCGACCGGAGAGGCAAUUCACCAUCUGA